ACCACCCACCUACCAGCUGGAACCGGAGUACUACUUCCGACCAGGGGUGAUGCAGCCUCGUUUGGACUCUCUGUUGAAAAUGCGUGCUCAGUUGUUGCCCAAGGAAUACGACGCGACAGUUGCGGCUUCAUUUUGUACCCGGCUGGCUAAUGAAGUCAAGUUUCUAAUGCAGCAAUCCGGAGCUGAUAG